AGAUCUCGGACAUCGACCUGCAUCGACCUGCAUCGACUCGAGUUGAUUCAUCCCGCACCCGUCGUCGUUGCUGUGUCGUCUGCAAGUGAUCACACCGGGAACACCCACCGAUCUCUUCCUUCCCGUUGAGGCCGCAUAUCCAGAAGCAUCAUCCAGCACCCAAUGACCCUCAGUAAUAGACGAUCCCCAGUCCGCGGGAGAACAUACAACCGCUCCUUCUCCCGAUCCCGCUCGCGCUCCCACUCGAAGCGAUCAAGCGUCUCCUAUUCCCGAUCCCGAUCCCGCUCCCGCUCUCGUGCUGCUCCCGCCGAGCGCAAGCCCGUUAAAGUCGUCAUCCACAAGCUCACCCGAAAUGUCAACCAAGCUCAUCUCGAGGAAAUCUUUGCGCAUUUUGGCGAUAUCCAGAAUGUUGAUCUGCCCGUCAACCCUCGGCUCAAGACGCACCACGGAACCGCCUACGUCAUCUACAGGGCACAUGAAUCCGCCCGCCUCGCUGCCGAACACAUGAACGGAGGCCAGAUCGACGGUCAGGUUUCGAAGCUCUGGCAGCUAUUCCCGCAGUCGCUCUCGGAGAUCCCGAUCAUGGUCCUAUUCUCGUAG